ACCAUAGAAACCACACCCCCUCAAAACACAUGAUGCCUUUUGUGAGAAGCAUUUAUUUAUUAUAUAGUUUCUAAAAUAAAAAAAUUUAUUCAUACUUUAUUUCUCUUUCACAUUUAAAGAUCUUUAUUCAUUACUUUUUUCUCCAUUAAUUCCUAACACCCAAAAUGGAACAAGAAAGUGAUCAUAGACUAAGUAUGUCUAUGGAAGAUUUAGGUUUCAAUACUAGUUACAACAUGAAGGGAAAAUUGGGAGAAAAGCAUUAUGAUGAUGUUGGUCCAAAAGUGUUCAUAUCCAAGAACCUUGAGAUAGAAAGAAAGAGAAGGGAGAAACUUGGUUCAAGACUUUUGGUGCUUAGGUCUCUUGUACCAAUCAUCACAAGUAUGAACAAAGCAAGCAUUAUUGAGGAUGCUAUCACUUAUACCAAGAUGUUGCAAAAGGAAGUUGAGAUUCUUACAAAAGAGCUUGAUGAAAUGGAAGAAACAAGAAAGAAAAAAGAAGAGCAAAAAACAUGUGAAUCUUCUGCUGCUGGGGAAAAGAUCAAUAUAUCUUGGAUAGAGGAAGAGAUCCAGGUAGCAAAAAUUGAUGGCAGCAAUAUGUUAUGGGCCAAGAUGAUCAUUGAGAACAAGAGGGGAAGGUUCAAGAAAUUAGUAGAGGAUUUGAAUAAUUCAAACAUUGAAAUUAUUGAUCUUAGUGUUACAACUAUAGAAGGAGCAUAUCAUAUUACUGCCACCUUAAAGGGAAUGAGUGGUGAACCAAUUGAGCUUUAUCAAAUUCCAACUAUUAUGAAGUUCAAGUAGAGCAAAUGGAUCAAAAAAUUAGAGCAAAUGAAAAAGUUAUUUCUUAUGCAUUAAUCCAUCAAAUUGAAAUAAAUUUUAGGUUAUUUAAUUUCUCAAUUAACUUGUAUUGACUCUAUCAACUUUAUUCCUUAUAAUGUUUGAACUCAAAAACUACAAUAUUGCAAGUA